GGUUGUUUUCAUCCACACGCUGUUCGACAACUUGAAGUUUUUAUGUUGUUUUUCUGUUCUUCUCCGUUUUCUGCCCUCUUCUAAAACCUCCUUAUGUGUCCGGAAUACGAGAUUUUCACAACAUAAAACCUGAGCUGAUGCGACAGGUGGAGACACAGAGGGAAGGCAGUGUUGUCCGUCUGGUGCAGGCGUGUUUUCAGACAUUAAAAGAAGAGGAACGAUGCUUCGCUGCAGGAAGUGUCGGAAAGGCGUCAUCGACUCGACGUGUUUGUCUGCGCAGGUGGAGGCUGCACAUGGAGACUCAGCUGACGUUUGCAGUAUUUGGCACGUUGAUGCGGACGCAAUGCCAGACUGGAUCCACAGUGCUGUUCACCAGGCCCAGUGGACUCUGGGAAAACUGAACUGUCCGAGCUGCGGGGCUCGUCUUGGAGGCUUUAACUUCGUCCACGGCGGUGAGUGUCCUUGCGGCCGCGACGCCGCUGUCCACCUCAGCAAAAGCCGAGUGGACCGCGACCACAAACACUACGUCCUCAUCGUCCAACCGCGGAGGACGAGGCCGCUGGCGGUCCAGCCCGGUCCGCCGAUGGACCGGAUACCCGACCUUAACAGGGCGGUGCCGUUAAACCCGGGUUUACAGCUAGACUGCGCCGCCGUCGUGUCCCAUGUGAGCCCCGGACACGCCUCCAAGUCGCUGAGUGGCGGCGGAGACGCCCCGUCCUUUUCCUUCAGUCCUCUGAACUGCAUCUCCCACAGGAGACGGUGCAGUUUGGAUGACGACACCAUCAGGGCUUCGUGUUUCUGUCGUGGAGUCCUUUCAGACAAAUCAUCUGUGGAGACGAUGAGGACAGACGUGUCAGUCCCAUGUCCAACGGCGCGAUCGCAGGACGCCGACGAAGGACCGACGGGACGCUCACAUGUCUCAGAGGACAGAGGCUCAGCAGUGGACCAGGCCCACCAGGACACAGAUCCUUCAGUACUGGACCCAUGGAUCCACGAGGAGGUUUCAGAUCCAGGUCCGAUCCUCAGAGACAGAAACGGUGAAGACAGCGAAGACGAACAGGACGACGACGAGACGCGUCAGACAUCGUCCACCUCAAACCGACUGAAUAAACGGGAGAAGAACCGUCUGAAGAGUCUGCGCAGGAAACAGAGGAGGAGAGAACGCUGGCUUCACCGUCAGCUGGAGCAGGAACAGGGCAACGGCGUGAACGUGUCGCCGCAGGAGGCCGACGACGCCGACAGGGAAGGUGUGACGUGCGCCGUGUGUCUGGACGUCUACUUCAGCCCGUACACCUGUCGACCCUGCGACCACGUCUUCUGCGAACCCUGUCUGCGAACACUCGCCAAGAACCGCCACGCCAACACGCCGUGUCCGCUCUGCCGCACACUCAUCACACACACCAGCUUCAACAAAGAACUCCACCACGCUGCUAAAACCUUCUUCCCUAAAGUCUACGUCAGCCGGAAACAGAACUUCCAGAAUGCUCCGUGUUCCAAGUGGCCGCUGCCGAGCUGUCGCAAACGUUUCCGAAACCUGUGGGGAUCUCAGAGGCGAGUGGCGGAGGCGGCGGGCGGGCGCUGGCGUUUGACCCCGGCCGUGUUCAUGCUGGACGCCCUGGAUCUGACCGACAUGCGCGGUUGGCUCUUCGACAUCGCUCUGGUCAUCGUCUACAUCCACUCGGUCAACUGGAUCCUGGCGGCGCUGCUCUUCGGUUUCCUCACCUACUACUUCCUGUGCUGAGGUCAAACCGGUCUGUAUUCACUCAGAACCAACGUGUCGGACCGAACAACACCUGCACACAAAGGUUUGAAGGAAACCUAGUUUUUACUCUUGGGUCCGUUUUUUUCCCCCUGGAGCCACGAUGAGCAUAAAUUUGAUUGACAGACAAAGGAACCAAUUAAAAGCCGCAUUUAACCUGGGAGCGUUUACUGCCAAUGUGUUUGUUUGUACAGUUUUCGUAACCCAUCCUGCACUUUAUCAGCUGUCAAGUCUGCCAAAAAAGGGGGACGGACAUGGACAGAACCAUCAUAUUUACAGAUUAUGGGAUGGACUGACAGUCGAACGGCUCCAAACAAAUGUCUGACAAGAUGAAUGUGUUUUUGGAAAGUCGGGGAAAAAACACUUGAAUAUUUCAUCUCAAUAAUUCUUCUGUGGAACGCGAAGAUGGUUUGUCUGUCUGUCGUCUUCAACCGACUCUUUUUCUGCGUCGACUGUUAGUGAAUCACAAAUAUUUCACGUAUUCUUUUGUGCAAAUAUUCAGUAUUUUUUCACUUUGGAAAAAUCCAGGUUUUCAGGUAUAAGCUAAGUUGAAAUGAGUUCGUUUUUGCCUUUUUUUCAGAAUAAAAGCAGUGACACACACGUUUCCCUUUAACAAAAACUAGAACAAAGUAUUUAUUUUCUACAAACGUGACAUGUUUCUCAGUAGUCACUUUUCUAUCAGACAUAUGCAAAAAACUUUACCGAUAUUUACUAAAUGUUGAAAAAACAGAAGUGCGUAAUGUCGGUUUUUCCAUGAAAUCACA